AUGGGUCGUAUGCACAGCAAUGGUAAGGGUAUCUCAUCCUCUGCUUUACCUUACAACAGAAAGCCACAUUCAUGGACCAAGCACUCUGCUGCUGAAGUCUGCCAACAAAUCAUCCUUUUGGCCAAGAGAGGUUACACUCCAUCCCAAAUCGGUGUCUUGUUGAGAGAUUCACACGGUAUUGCCCAAGUUAAGAACAUCACUGGUUCAAAGAUCCUCCGUAUCUUGAAGGUCAACGGUCUCGCCCCAGCCAUCCCAGAAGACUUGUUCCACUUGAUCAAGAAGGCCGUCACCAUCAACAAGCAUUUGCAACGUGCUCACAAGGAUUACGAUGGUAAGUUCAACCUCCGUCUCGUUGAAUCCCGUAUCCAUCGUCUCUCCCGUCCAUACAGAAAGUCUGGUGUCCUCCCACCAAACUGGAAGUACGAAGCCGCCACCGCCUCCACCCUCGUUGCCUAA